GUCGGCCCGGAAACUCACACGUGGUGUUCCUGUGCUAUGUGUUUUGGUCGACCACUGCUUUCGAGAAGUCGUAGCCCCCCGAACCAUGUUAAAGUCCAAAACCUUUGUUAAAAAGACCCGUUCAGGUGGCGUGCUGAAGAUAGUACGUGAACACUAUCUGCGAGACGACAUUUGGUGUGGCAGUGAAGUUUGUACAGAGUGCAAAGAUGACUCCCCGGUGCUGCAGAGAGAUGCUUUCAUCCAGAGUCGUCUCUGCACGUACCCUCACUACUUAAUCCCAGACACCAAUGUGGUGCUACACCAGAUUGAUAUUCUCGAGGACCCCGUGAUGAGGAACGUGGUUAUCCUUCAGACGGUUUUACAGGAGGUUAGACACAGGAGCGCCCCAGUUUACAAACGGAUCAAAGACGCCAUUCAUGAGAAGGAGAAACAUUUUUACACGUUUACCAACGAGCAUCACAGGGAGACGUUCGUCGAGCGGGAGCAGGGAGAGAGCGCCAACGACCGCAACGACCGAGCCAUCCGUGUGGCUGCCUUGUGGUACAACCAACACCUGCGCAAAGCUCCGUGUGCUGGGGAGCUGAGAGUGGUUCUCCUCACCAACGACCAAGCCAACAAGGAGAAAGCCACGGAGGAUGGGCUGCUGGCCUACAGAUGUGAGGAAUACAUUAAAAGCCUGAUCGGCAAUCCAGAGCUUGUAGACAGACUGGCGCUGACGUCCAACGAACAGAACGAGAUCACCGGCGGGAGGGUCCUGUUCCCUGAGCACCUGCCUCUGUCCAGGAUCCAAACGGGCAUCAAAAACGGCACUUUCCUGCAGGGGACGUUCCGUGCCAACAGGGACAACUACCUGGAGGCCACCGUGUUCGUCCAUGGAGAAGGCGAGGAUGGCACAGAGGUUCUGCUCCAGGGCCUCCAGAACCUGAACCGAGCCGUUCACCAGGACAUUGUGGCAGUGGAGCUCUUCCCCAGGGAGCGCUGGGCUGCCCCUUCUGCUGCGGUGCUGGAGGACGACCAUGCCAACGACGAAGAUGCCGAGGAGGAAGAGGCAGAGAAGUUGGAGAGUCCUGCAUUGGAGACCAGCAUGCUAAAGCCCACUGGCAGGGUGGUGGGGAUUAUUAAGAGGAACUGGCGGCCCUUCUGUGGGAUGCUCACACAGUCGCAAAUCAAAGAGGCCACCAGGCACCUGUUCACCCCGGCAGACCGCCACAUCCCCCGCAUCCGCAUCGAGACACGCCAGGCCUCCGCCCUGGUGGGCCACAGGAUCAUCGUCGCCAUCGACGGAUGGCCCCGGAACUCCAGAUACCCCAACGGUCACUUUGUGAGGAAUCUGGGAGGAGCCGGAGACAAAGAGACGGAGACCGAGGUGCUGCUUCUAGAACACGACGUUCCUCACCAGCCCUUCUCAAAGGCUGUGCUCAGCUUCCUGCCCAGAAUGCCCUGGGCCAUUACUGAGGAGGAUCUGAAAGUGAGGGCGGAUCUGAGACACCUGUGCGUGUGCAGCGUAGACCCUCCUGGCUGCACAGACAUCGACGACGCCUUACACUGUCGGGAGCUGGACAACGGAAACCUAGAGGUCGGUGUCCAUAUAGCAGAUGUCAGCCAUUUUAUUCGCCCAGGAAACGCGUUAGACCAGGAAGCUGCCAACAGAGGCACCACAGUCUACCUGUGUGGGAAGAGGAUUGACAUGGUCCCGGAGCUCCUCAGCUCUGACCUUUGUUCUCUUCGCUCCAAUGUGGACAGGUUAGCCUUCUCCUGUGUUUGGGAGAUGAACCGCAAUGCUGAAAUAAUCAGGACUCACUUCACAAAGAGUGUCAUCAAUUCCAAGGCCUCUCUGACCUACGCCGAAGCUCAGAUGAGAAUCGAUGAUGCAACCAUGAACGAUGACAUCACCAAUAGCCUCCGUGGUCUAAAUGCACUGGCCAAGAUUUUAAAGGGCCGGCGAAUUGAGAAAGGGGCUCUGACUCUCUCCUCCCCAGAAGUCCGCUUCCACAUGGACAGUGAAACCCACGACCCCAUAGACCUCCAGACCAAGGAGCUGAAAGACACCAACUCCAUGGUGGAAGAGUUCAUGUUGCUGGCUAACAUCUCCGUAGCCCAGAAGAUCUAUGAGGAGUUCUCAGAGUGCGCUUUGCUCCGGAAACACCCUGCCCCUCCCCUGUCCAACUACGACAUCCUCGUUAAAGCCGCCAAGUCUAGGGAUCUGGAGAUCCACACGGACUCGGCCAAGGCGCUGGCCGACUCGCUGAACGCGGCGGUGCUGGGAGGCUUCCCCUACUUCAACACCCUGCUGCGCAUCCUGGCCACGCGCUGCAUGAUGCAGGCCAUCUACUUCUGCUCCGGAAUGGACAGCGACUUCCGCCACUACGGACUGGCCUCGCCCAUCUACACGCACUUCACCUCGCCAAUCAGGAGGUACUCUGAUAUCAUAGUGCACCGGCUGCUGGCAGUGGCCAUCAAUGCGGACGGCACCUACCCAGACCUGAUGGACAAGCACAAGCAGUCCACCCUGUGCAACAACCUCAACUACAGGCACAAAAUGGCGCAGUACGCACAGAGGGCGUCGGUGGCCUUCCACACACAGCUCUUCUUCAAGAACAAAGGCAUCCUGAACGAAGAAGGCUUCAUCCUCUUCGUGAGGAAGAACGCCAUCAUCAUCCUCAUUGCUAAGUUUGGCCUGGAGGGCACGGUGUUCUUCAAGAACAAGGGCAAACCGGGACCGAAGCUCAGCUUCGACUCCGAGGGUCCAAGCCUGACCGUGGAGGAUCAGCACACCUUCCACAUGUUCGACAAGGUCAAAGUGACCGUCACCCUGGAUGCCUCCAACAUCCAGCACCAGAAGAUCAGGAUGGCCCUGGUGGAGCCUGUGAUCGCCGGUGUCAGUGUGGCGUGGCCAGAGCCAGCAGCAAAGAAACCCAAACUGGAUCGCUGACCUGCAGAAUUUCACGGGAGCCCAUCAUCCCACAUUUUUACUGUGUGUGUGGUUUUUUUUAAACGAAUGUAAAUAGUUUGCUUGGAUCAGUCCUGUAUAGAUACAUUGUAUCAACAGCCUACUACAGAGAGGGCAUCCCUGGAGCAGGGAUCUGGCUGGUCUGUACACAUGUGUAAUAAAAACUGUUUUUUAAACGAA